GUUAUUGAUGGAUUGGACUAAAACUUUACUCAGCCUUAAUGUUUGAAGUCGUGACUGGCACUUCUGUAGUACAGCUAGGAUGUGUGCGAAGGCUGUGUGUGUACAACUGUAGUGGUGAUUGUGUGGGUGUAUGUGAGUGAGUGAGAAGAGGUUGGUAUGUACCUGAGGUAGAUUUAUGCAUAUGUUUCUAUGCAGCAGAGAGGUAGGUGUGGGGGCACCAGGGGUUGUGAUAUUAAUGACAAAUACGUGUCGGAGAUAAAACCCCAGUGCGAAACCCUGACCUGGGCAGGUCCAUCGUACAUACCUGCCACUGGCAGAUACCCGAGGUGUCUUUUAAAACGUUCGCAACGUUGCAUAGCUUUUCAUGCCAAUAAGGGACUCUCUGCUCCCACAUGAGACAGGUGGGGGCUGCCGUCGCGGCAGCAACAUGCAGGCGGAACUGAAAACACCGGUGCUUUGUUGCCAGGGGAGGGGAGGCCGGGCUGGCUGUGCACUGAUACCGCAGCGAGAGAGGGGCAGCGGCGUGAUCUGCAGUUGGCCUAACUACAGUAUGGUGCUGUUUCAAUAUUUGUGCCAACUCUACAAACGAUUGCUUCUGUCCAGUUUAGAAACUAGCUCAAUAAAUGUAAGUAUUUGGGCCAGAAAUAUUCAUUCUUCAGCAGAAAGGCUGGAAGUGACUUAUAACUAUGGAAUUAAAAAACAAACGAUGUAUAACCAUGAAAUUCAAAAGCUACAUCAAAGUGCAAAUGAUGAAGAUUGUCGAAGACCACACAUACCUGUGAUGGUGAAAGAAGUUGUUAAUUGUUUAUCACCCCAACAAGGACAGCGUAUGCUUGAUAUGACGUUUGGAGCAGGAGGUCAUACUACAGCUCUUCUACAGAAAGUAACUGAUAUUACAAUAUAUGCACUAGACAGAGACCCAGCAGCUUAUAAAAUAGCUCGGCAACUUUCAGAAUCAUAUCCGAAACAGAUUCAGGCUCUUCUAGGGCAAUUUAGCCAAGCAGAAACUUUGUUAAUCUCUGCUGGAGUGGAGCCAGGAAUGCUAGAUGGAGUUCUUUUGGAUGCUGGGUGUUCCUCUAUGCAGCUUGAUACUCCUGAAAGAGGUUUUUCCCUGCGAAAGGAUGGCCCUUUGGAUAUGAGGAUGGAUAGUGGCAGGUAUCCUGACAUGCCCACCGCUGCUGAUGUUGUGAAUGCUUUAGAUCAACAGGCGCUUGCGUCCAUCCUGAGAACAUACGGGGAGGAAAGGCACGCCAAGAAAAUAGCUUCAGCAGUCAUUCAGGCACGCAGCAUCUACCCCAUCACCAGAACUCAGCAGCUUGCCAGCAUUGUUGCAGGUGCUUUUCCAGCAGGAGCUUUGUAUGCCCGAAAAGACUUACUUCAGAGACCUACACAUGUUGCCACCAAAACUUUCCAAGCCUUGCGUAUAUUUGUGAAUGAUGAGCUCCGUGAACUGUAUAUAGGGUUGAAGAUAGCUGAGAAGUUUCUGAAACCUGGAGGUCGACUUGUAGCCCUUUCUUUUCAUUCACUAGAGGAUCGUAUCAUCAAACGAUUCCUUCAAGGAAUAGAUGUUUCAGAAAAGUUCAACCUUAACGUAAGACAGAAGAUAAGACAAGGACAAAAAAAUUAUUCGGAACAAGAUGUGGAAGAAUUCUCCAGUGAAAAAUGCAACUCAAGGUGGACAUCUAUACAGAAAAAAGUGCUUACUCCCCAGGCUGCAGAUGUUCAAGAGAACCCAAGAGGACGGUCUGCCAAACUAAGAGCUGCUAUCAAACUGUAAAAUAAAAUAAAAUACUCUGAUUUUCUCUUUAUAUUAAAUAUGCUUUUGUAAAUUUUCAUCAUUCAGACUGUACAGAAAUGGUCACAUUGAAGAAUAAAAGGAAAGAAAAUAAUUGAUAUCUUAGGAUAGAGUCUGACUUCUAUCUUCAAUCUUCAGUUUUAAUUAAGCUGUGGAAUUGAAACGUGGAGCAUCAUGUGGUAAAGCAAGUCUAAAUGGGCAUAACUAAUAUUAGUAAUUUCUUUAGAAAAACAGUUCUUGAAACAUAAGGCUCAGGUGUCUAUAAUAGCAACACUUGUAUGUACAACUUAAACAUAUAGGGCUCUAUCCACCUACUAAUCCACAACAUAAACUCCCAUUGAACUAUUCCAACAUCAGUUCCACAAUCGAUCAUGUUGUGUCUUAUUGUUUGAACAUAUACAUUCUUUAAAACAGCUAAAAUUUGAAGUCUAUUUAAAACUUCUUGUAUGAGAAACAUCAUAGAUUGAAAAUUAAUAUUGGCUCCUUUUACAUCUCGUUAAACAAUACAUUUUUUUAAAAAAUGAUAUAAAAAGUAGCUUAGGUUUCAUCUUCUUUAACUUUUUCCUCCCUUUACAAAAGAAAAAAGAAAAGAAAGAAGUGUUCUCUUUAUUUGGACAAUCAAAAUGUGUGGCAGAAUUUCCCUUCUGAUGAGUCAGUAGCUUGGCCAACUAGAAGAGGAAACAUGAUUUCUGUCUCUGAAUUUGAAUAGUUAUUACACUAGCUUGUAAAAGAAAACUGACUGGCUGCUUUUAAAACUCCAGACCUGAUUCUGAUCUCACCAAUUUUAUACUGGUGUAAGCUCAGUACAUCAGUAGACUUAUUCCUGAUUCAGAUCUGAGCAAAUGAGAUCAAAAUUGCAUCCUCCAUGUGUAAUAAAUUGAAAUAGCAAUAUCCUAAUUAAUUCCUUUGGUAACAUUACACUGAUAUUGGCAAAUUUCUCAUAAAUACCCAGAGAUAUGACAUUGGAUGAUGCAAAUCACUGAUAGGAAGUAAGAGAUGAAUAAUAAUGGGCACGUUAUACUUUUCUGAAAGUGUACUGUUUUCCCUAGUUUUCAUUAUACAUAGUAUUAAAUAUAAAUACAAACAUUCCACUUCAAAUAAUAAUACUUAAUAUUGACAUCUGUUAGAAACAGCAGACUGUAUUUAAAUAGAUAUUUUCCCCUCCAAACAUUAUAUUUGAAUAGUUUGUUAUUUUUGGUUAAAGUUGUACCUUGAACUGCAUCCCCAUUUGAAGUUUUUAAAAGAUUUUUAUGGCUGAAAUAUUUAGGUUCAGAACAACGUGGUGCUGUGCUGUGGUGUAGGUAGACGCACAGAGAGAGAUGCGAUUGCAACAAAGGUAAGUGCUGCAUUAAUAAUAUCCCAAAAGAGUUAUGGAAGAGUCAGUGCUGCUUCUGACCGUUUGCAUAGGGGUAUCUCCAAAAUGCCAGCCCUUCCAUUUCCAUAAGUAUGGUUGCUCAUACCAGUUGGGUCAAUAUAUCAUCAACAUAGGGAGAACAUAUGUCCCACUGCAAAUAUUCUUUCAAUCUGGCUUAUUUUGUGCUCGCCUGGAGUUUGCCGAGUCCCAUAACAAUCUCUGGGUGGGGUCAGCUGAAGCAUGCCUGUGUAUCUUGAACUGUUUCAGUUUCACUCAGUAGAUAGAGUAGCAUACAUUUGGAUACCACUUUGAACAUCUUGUUGUAUUAUGGUGCAAGUAGGGGCCCAGAGCACAGAGAGAAUGUGGGGUUGCAACAAAGUUAAAUGCUUAUUCAGUAACAACCUUGAAGUGAUAUGGAAGAGUCAGCAGUAUUUCUAGGGAUAGUGAGGCCUAAUAUUCUCUCUCAGAUUAAGUUCUGUCCAGUACACAGAGAGGUAGUAGUGUAUUUUAAUUCCCUUACAGUGGUGUGAUCUAAAUGUGUUUCACUUGUGGAAAAUACCACCUCAUUGAAAAUCAAACAAGACUUCUCAGAGGAUGAAAAUGCAUAUAUAUCUUUUCUGGAACUUGCAACCUGAACAACAUGCAUUUCAACACAACCAAAUGCAAUGUCAUACAUCUAGGAACAAAGAAGAGAGGCCACACUUACAAGGAAUGCAGAUAUACUAAGAAGGUCUUGGGGGACAUAAUAGAUAUCCAUUUGAUCAUGAGCUCCUAAUAUAAUGGUAUAAAGGGCAAACAGGAUCCUCGUAUAUAUAAGCAAGACAAUAACAAGUAGGAGUAGAGAGAUGGUAUUACCCAUGUACUAAAGUACUGUGUCUUUUUCUGGUGUCCACACAUGAAAACGGAUGUUGAAAUAUUGGAAAGCAUUCAAAAAACAACUCCAAGAAUGAUUUGAAAUCAGAAAAACAUGCUGUAUAGCAAGAGGCUUAGGAAGUUCAAUCUAUUUUGUUCACCUAAAAGAAGGGUAAGAGAUCACUUGAUCAAAGUCUGCAAAUACCUACAUGGAGAAGAGACAGCUUUUUAAUCUAGCAGAAAAAGGCAUAGCUAGCUGAAGCUAGCCAAAGGUGCACAUUUUAAACUGUGAUGGUAUUUAACCAUUGGAAGACUAUACCUAGGGAUGUGGUAAAUUUUCCAUUACGUGAAAUCUUCAAAUCAAGACUGAAUAUCUUACUAAAAGUUCAAACAGAAAAUAUAGGUUUGAUGCAGAGUUUAUUGGGUAAGGUUCUUUAUGUCUUUGUUGAAGGAGGGUCAGAUUUAGAUGCACAUACUGGUCCCUUUCUGUCCUUAAAAAUCUAUGAAUCUAUGACAGCCUGAUGAGAACAUAUCCUAUUUUAUUGUUAUUGAAUAGAUUUUAUUUAAACCUUUUGGGAAAAAUCCUGGGCCAGUUGAAGUAAUUUGUGGUUUUAUUGAUUUGAAUGGGUAAAAUCCUGGUCUCACUGAAGUCACUGAGGGUUUUGCCAUUGACUUGAAUAGGGUCAGGAUUUUGCCCUUUCAGUUUUGUAACUGAAAGCAUUUUUAAUUAUUAUAAAGAAUAACAUCACGUGAACUGCCUAACUUCAAGAUAUUGUGGUUUUCUAGAAAAAUGUUUAUAUUUACCUUUUGAUGUUAAUUUUGCUGCAGUACACAUGUUCACUAAGUCACAUAAUCAGUUUUACUCAUUCAAAAAUUAAAGGCUCGAUCCUGCAAUCCAUAUUCAAGCAAAGAAAGGAAUGCAUGUAUUAUCCAUUUUUGUGUUUGUUGUCCAUUACUUUGGAUAAAUUACAGUCAGUCAUUUGCAAACCUAUUUACAGAGUUACUAAUAGUUUGGUGAAAUUAUAACCUAAUAUGUCAAUAUUUAUCCAUAGUAAUUACACUGUGGUAUCUGAAAUACUUUACAGAGUAGCAGUCAUGUUAGUCUGUAGCUGCAAAAAGAACAGGAGUACUUGUGGCACCGUAGAGACUAACAAAUUUAUUUGAGCAUAAGCUUUCAUGGGCUACAGCCCACUUCAUUGGAUGCAUAGAAUGGAACAUAUAGUAAGAAGUUAUACAUACAGAGAAUAUAAAAAAGUGGAAGUAACCAUACCAACUGUAAGAGGCUAAUUAAUUAAGCUGAGCUGUUAGCAGCAGGAGAAAAAAAACUUUUGUGGUGAUAAUCAGGAUGGCUCAUUUUAGACAGUUGACAAGAAGGUGUGAGGAUACUUAACAUGGGGAAAUAGAUUCAAUACAUAUAAUGACACAGCCAAUCCCAGUCUCUAUUCAAACCCAAGUUAAUAGUAUCUAGUUUGCAUAUUAAUUCAAGCUCAACAGUUUCUUGCUGGAAUCUGUUUUUGAAGCUUUUCUGUUGCAAAAUUGCCACCUUUAAGUAUGUUACUGAGUGACAAGAGAGGUUGAAGUGUUCUCCGACUGGUUUUUGAAUGUUAUGAUUCCUGAUGUCAGAUUUGUGUCCAUUUAUUCUUUUGCAUAGAAACAGUCCAGUUUGACCAAUGUACAUGGCAAAGGGGCAUUGCUGGCACAUGAUGGCAUAUAUCACAUUGGUAGAUUUGCAGGUGAACGAGCUCCUGAUGGCAUGGCUAAUGUGAUUAGGUUGUAUGAUGGUGUCAUUUGAAUAAAUAUGUGGACAGAGUUGGCAUUAGGCUUUGUUGCAAGGAUAGGUUCCUGGGUUAGUGUUUUUGUUGUGUGGUGUGUGGUUGCUGGUGAGUAUUUGCUUCAGGUUGGAGGGUGUCUCCUCAUUUAACAGGUGCCACAAGUACUCCUAUUCUUUUUUAAAUACUUUAGUUUCUCUAUUCAUAGAGACAAAAAGGGGAAACCAUUCUAUUUCAGAAACUACUAUUUGUAAAUUCCUGCUUUUUAAUAGCAACUAUAGAACAGGAGGCUUUCUGUGCUCCAUUUUUCCUAGAAUAGUGCUGGUUUUAUUUACUAUAAAUCAUUUAUAUUACAAUGGUACCUAAAAUAUUCCUGUACAGACAUAUUGGAAGACACAUGGUUCUACUCAAAUGGCUUAUGCUCUAAGGAGAUAAAGCAAAAGAAAGAAAAAAUUGGGAAAGGGUUACAGCACAUAAACAUUGGCAUGUCUUGUUAGAUCCAUGUUGUUGGCUUUAUUAUUAUAAUCCAAAGUAAAGAAAUAGCUAAAUGUCAGUGUUGACUCAUUUAUUGUAGGUGUUAAGUAGAAGUGUGUCAUGGAGGGGAAGGGGUUCUGAAAGAAGAGUGUAGUAACUUUACACAACAAUUGGUUGCCAUUAUUCCAUUUUAUGCUUAGUUCCGGAGAUGGUAUUAAAGGAUUCAUUCUUGCAUUUCUUGAGCUCCCAAACUUCCCAAGGCAGGGCCUUCAAUGGAACUUUGACAGUUUAUACCAGCUGAGGAUCUGCUUCAUAUUCAACUACAUAUGUAUAUUGAGAGACCAUGAGAGAUUAUCGUUUGAUCCAGGUGUGUGGGUGUUUUUACAUGUAACUUACUUACACUGUUAUGCAUAUAAUUAUGUCAGGAGAAUAUUCAGAUCUCAGUGCACAGAUCGUUGUGUACUGCACACUGAAAUUAAAGUAUAUCUCAUAGACUAAAUAAGACCACAGUGACAUAGCUAAUAUCUUAAAAAUCAUUUAAGUGGCUUUAGAAGAACGUUCUUUUUACCUGGAUGGGAGAUAAAGAGGGCAGGAGGAAAUAGUUUGUUUCAUUAAAAAUGUAAGUUAAAUGCAAAAAAACUGAGCAUUAGCUCAUAGUAAAUCAGUUUAUGGUGAGGGUAACUUUGAUAAAAAUACAUUUUAUCAAAAACACCUAUAUUACUACUUUGUUCUAUUUUCUCUUUUGUUCACUGUCUAUUCUUGAUGUGCUAUAAAAGUGGCUCUCAACCUCUCCAGCCUACUGUACCCUUGCAGGAGUCUCAUUUGUCUUGAGUACCUCCAAGUUUCACCUCACUUAAAAACUACUUGCUUACAAACUCAGACAUGAAAAUACAAGUGUCAUAGCACAUUAGUACUGAAAAAUUGCUUAUUUUUUCAUUUUUACCAUAUCAUUAUAAAAUAAAUUGAUUGGAAUAUAAAAAUUGUACUCACAUUUCAGCGUAUAGUAUACAGAGCAGUAUAAACAAGUCCUUGUCUGUAUGAAAUUUUAGUUUGUACUGACUUCACUAGUGCUUUUUAUGUAGCCUGUUGUAAAACUAGGCAAAUAUCUAGAUGAGUGAAUGUACCUCUUGGAAGACCUAUGUGUUCCCCUGGAUGAGAGCCACUGUGCUAGAAGAAACAGUAGAAUGAUGUACUAUAUUUUAUAUAUAUAUAUUUAAUAAUGGGAGAUAUACCAAUCUCCUAGAACUGGAAGGGACCUUGAAAGGUCAUUGAUUCCAGCUGCCUGCCUUCACUAGCAGGACCAAUUUUUAUCCCAGAUCCCCAAGUGGCCCCCUCAAGGAUUGAACUCACAAUCUUGAGUUUAGCAGGCCAACGCUCAAACCACUGAGCUAUCCCUCCCCUGUGCAUAUGAGUGAGGAACAUGGUUUUAUGUGCAUAAUUUAAGGCAAUGGUGGAACUAAAUCUGGAUCUUUAAAUCCAGAUCCAUGUUUACUUUUCUCUGCCUCUAUACAUUUAGAAUUGUUAUAGUAUUUCAAAUUCUAUUUUUUGACAUUUCAGUUUGUGUAAGACGAUCACAGACUAAAUGAAGAAAGCAGAAUCUUUUCUUCCUCAGAAAGCUAUAAUAAUAAAUUAUCUGCCAGUUGUUAAUCAGCAUGCUAUUUAAUAUUUCUGCUUUAUAUAAAAUAUUCUGUUUUAUAACAUAUGUCUUACUAUUCAUAAUGCUGUCAUUAUAUCAUUGAAGAAUAGCAUAAAAAGUGCAUUUAUUAUUCAACAGAAGUCUGGGAUAAAAAACAUUUACUGCCUAGAAAUUUGUUACUGUUCCAGCCUUGCCAAGUCAAAAAAAUGUAAACAAAGUUUAAUUUUCAUUUUGUUCUACCCUGAUCUUCGGGCAAACAAUUUACUUGAGACUUUUAGAAGUUAUUUUGAUAGUUUACAUUGCAUACAAUCAAGAACAACUGAAGGAUUUUUUUAUUUUUCUAAUAUUAUUUUGAAAAUUAAUAAAUUUGACAAUAAAUUGUUA